UUGCCACAACGUCAACACCGAGAAUUUCCAGUCACCUCAUGGUUGUUUCCACUACCACCGUCGUGAUGACAUCAACCUCUCCUCUCUCUUUUUCUCACGAGAAGCAAUCUCAGCUACUCUCGCGCGACGAUUACAUCGACUUGCGCAAUGCCCAGGACCAGUUCUAUCGACCUCGUGCAACAGGAGCUAAAAACCGACAUCGGCCUCGUCAAGCAGGAGCUUAAAGAGUUCAAGGAUGAUGUCAAGGCCCAAAACCAGCGCCUUGAGGCCCAGAACCAGCGCCUCGAAGCCCAGAUCCGUCAAUCACAUGCCUACAUGCGAAACAACGCCUUAAAGAAUCCAACUCUCCCCAUCCGCCCUGUCAUUGUGUAUCGCCCUGAACAAGGCAUCCUCGAACCUGAACCUUCACGAUUUCCCCGAAACGCAGACGAGUUUUAUUCCUUGAGGGACCCUCAAACGAAUCGACACCGGUCGGUGUUAGCGUAUCUCGCUGCCUUCUACGACGUUCAACUCAGAACUGCAGACUAUCCUUCAGAAGAUGACAGUAGCGACGACGAAACAUUCCUCGACCGCCCUGAUGUUAUUGUAGAGAAGCUGGAGGACAUCUUUGGCUUGAACGAAGAUAAGUUAGUGAAGUUUAGGGGAAGAGCACGCCAAUUAGCAGCGCAGAACCCUUCGAAACCUGUCAAACGCUUGCAAACUUUCCUCUCCGACGAGCAACCGAUCCCUAGACCACGCCGACAGAGACUUGAGCUGCGUCCAAUUGGUGCCGAAGAUGAAAGGCCACACACUCAUGAUAACGGAGGCCGCCAAAGUCCCAAAAGCGCCUCUUCAGAAGGCUUGACCAAUGCCCGUCUCGGAUGGGGAACCCGCUCAACCCCUUCCUCGCGACGACUCCGAAUAAAUCGUACUCAAGAGCCCGAGCCUGUGCCUGUCACACCCGAACCUCAACCCAGGACACCGAAGUCUGAUUCCGAGAUACCCGAGCCCAAGGCGACAGUUAGCGACAGCCGGACACAUGCGUUCACGAGUCCGCGGGAACCAUAGGCUUAUCCCACUGAAGCAUGCUGAUAGAACCAUAUUAUAACACUCGUUCUGAAUCCCGUCGCAGGAAAACCCCUGCCAUAGUUCGACUACCCACUCCACGGGGUUUAGACCGGAAGCUUCAGACAAUCAGCUCGAAGACCUGUCACCGUCGCGACAUCUUUAUGACGACGAUGCCUUCAUGAUUGAGGAGGACCUGCUCGACCAUCGACCAAUGGAUAUUUCUGUCUGGCUUUCAAGAUAUAGUUGAUACCUGGCAUACCUGCCCUGUUUUUUCCCCACAACGGCAUAGGUACAAGCUGGUAACGCAGCUCCCCUGGCGCCUUUUAGUCACGACCCCAGAACUAAGGCCUAUCAGAAACCUCAGUCGUAACCCCAGGUCCAGCUUCCUGUUGCCGCAGCUUGUCUAUUCCCAGCUUCGCUUUGAACUACUUAAUUUACGGCACACCUUGAUAUAGCAAGCCUGGGAACAACCAUUUACAGAUACAAAGUUGAUCUAAACAUCAAAGUGUUUUAAAGAACUUCCUUGUUGGCUUCGUCCCCUGUCAGACCUCACGCGACACACAGGAGCUCUCAGGGCUGCAGGGCUAUCUUUUCCGAGUUCAAUAUCUAAGACGAGUUGUGUAUCUGGCCUCUAGACACUCGUAGUGGACACCCUCUUUAAACAGCCGUCGUGGGCAUUCUAAAGUUGUCCCCUCUUGGUUCAAUAGCAGCUUCAGAGACCUGGAAAUGAAGAAAGUACAGAUUCUAUUGCCAGCGGAUGCUAUGGACUGUCUGUGAUACUGAACUGUUAAGCGCUUAGUAACUUUUACGUCGAUGUGCAUCCCCAUGCAUGCUUACAGGCGCCCGGGUUUGAGGCUGAUUUGCAGCCAAAGCUAGGAAAUGAACGGGUGCCAGAAGAACCAUUCAAUGAUGAGAUACGACCAACUGUUACAUCGACAUGGGGUAUCAGGCGCCGUGGUGACAAGAGACGACCAUGUUGUUACGCACCGAACCGGAACGUGGACUUGGCAAAGGUGGCAUCUCAUUUCACGUCCAUGCACUGACCUCCCGUUUGAAUGCUAGCCACGUAGCCUAA